GACCUGUUUCCUGAAUGCAAGGUGACCCUGCUAUUAUUCAGAGAUGUGAAGAAUGCUGGAGACUUGAGGAAAAAGGCUAUGGAAGGUGCCAUUGAUGGCGCAUUAAUAAACCCUACAGUGGGCCUCUGGAACAACCAGUAGAGACUCCUUGUCUUCUCUCUCGUGGACCUGGUGAUUCAGACACUGACAUCUCCCAUGGCUCCUUACCACAUCCGCAAAUACCAGCAGAAGGAUGAUGAGUGUGUCCGGGACUUGUUCUCCAAGGGGAUGUCAGAACAUGUCUCUACUGCCUUCCACCACUUCCUGAAGCUGCCUCGAACUCUCAUACUCUUGCUUGGGGGUCCCUUGACUGUAUUCCUGCUCACUGGAUCCUGGCUCCUGGCACUGCUGGUCAACCUCACCUUCUUAGUUGCCCUGAGGUUUCUUGCCAUGUAUCCCUACACCCAGUUUAUAGCCAUGUCUCUGAACACGGACAUGUCAGACAUAACUAAGAACUACUUCAGUGAGCGUGGCUCCUGCUUCUGGGUGGCAGAGUCUGAGGGGCAGGUGGUGGGCAUGGUGGGAGCCCUGCCCGUGAAAGAGCCAGCUGCGAGGGAGAAGCAGUUAGAGCUCCUUCACAUGAGUGUGGCCUCAGAGCACCGAGGUCAAGGGAUAGCCAAAGCCCUGGUUAGGACUGUCCUGCAGUUUGGACAAGACCAGGGCUACAGUGCAGUUGUCCUCGGCACUAGUGAGAUCCAGUACUCUGCCAUAGGCCUCUACCGGAGCAUGGGCUUCCAGAAAACCCACCAGGUCUUCUACUCCUUCAUCAUGAGGCUUGCUCGUAUUUAUAUCAUUAAAUUUAAAUACUCCUUCCUCUCUGCUCAGGAUGCAAGUUGCUAAGACAGAGAGAGGGCCUGUGAUCUACUUUUAUGGAUUAGUUAGGAUUAGUUAUGUGACAGACAGACCUGAAAUCUUAUGUGGCCACACAAUAACUGUUGUUUGCUUUUUCACAUCAGAAGCCAAAAGAUGUGUUGGUUGAUUCUGCUUCAUUUAUUACUAAUGGGCUGUCGCUAUUUAUUUUUCUAGUGCUUCUAGAUGUUACUAAAAGAUGAAAUCUCUAAAUAGUAAUAAACAUUCUUAUUAACUCA